AUGGCAGGCUUCGCCACCUCGUUCUGGUCUAGCGACUACGCUGGAGGGCUCGGUGUGCUUUUCGGCAAGCUCCAGCAAGGCGUUCAGGAAAACCAGCAGGUCCUCACGAUAGCGCGUAUGCGCGCCGACGCCGAAGACCUCUACGGACAGCGGUUGGGCGACAUCGGGCCUGCGACGGAUCGAAUCGCAGGCGGCUUCUCCAAGGACGAGGGUGCCAGCACGAAGAAGGCGUACGAUGGCGUACGGAGAGAGAUGGAGGAGGCGUCCAAGAACCACCGCAAGAUCGCCUCGAACAUCCGCGAGCUGGUCGUCACGCCCUUCAGCCGCUGGUGCGACGCGCACGCUGCGCGAGUCCAAAGUUCACAAGACGCCUUACAAGCUAGCGUCAAGCUGCAUGACAGACAGGCAGAUGCGGUACGGAAGUCCCGCAGCCAGUACUACAACAAGUGUCGGCAAGUCGAGGACCUUGAGGAAGAAGAAAAGUUAGCGUUUCAGGACCCGCAAAGCGAAGCUGCGCAAAGCCCGAAGCCGAAGCCCCCGGUCGUUAAAGUGGUUGAACCUGAUCACGAGGAAGAGGAGGAGCCGAUUGACUUGGGCGACGAGACAUUCAGCCCUCAGCAGCUCAAAAAGACCCUGACGCACAUGCUCGAGAACAUUAAAAUCGGAGAACUCAAAAUCCCGAUCAUCGGAACAUACCAGAAUGUUUCCACGGGAGCGCACAUCACGGAAUACAUACAGAAACACCUGAGCGCCAGCAGCGUGAGCUACGCUGAGAGGAUAGGGCAAGACUUGACAGACAAGGGCUUUUUACGACUCGUAGGCAAUGUCGGCAGCACCUUCGCCAACAGCUCGAAGAUGAACUACCAAUGGAGACCCAAAGUCUUUCAGAUCACCGGUGUACCGGAGAAGAAGAAGGCUCUAGACCGCACCGCCUCGGUUCUGUCAACAGACAGCGCGACCGUGGAUUCGCCAGUAGGCGCUGUCGGUGAUUAUCUAGCUGGCUGGAACCCCUUGAACAACCCUUAUCCCAACGAAACGCCGGCUGAGAGGCUCCGACGAGAAGCUCGCGAAGCGGAUGAGCGGUACAAAGCCGCAGUCAGGAAGCUCGAUGAUCUCCGAUGCCGGCUAGAGGAGUCAAUAAUAGAUCAUCUGAAAUUCAUGGAGCGGUGUGAACUCGAUCGGCUCAAGGCCAUCAAGUCGGUGAUCCUUGACUUCUCAGGCGCCAUCAGCAACGUUAUUCCGAGCCUCCAGAGUACGGUUGACAACAUGAUGCUCUUCCAGGAGACCGUGCAGCCACUUGGAGACCUCCGAUACUUGCUGGAGAACUACCGCACUGGAGGAUUCGUCCCGAAAGUGCAGACAUAUGAGAACUACUACAAUAAUGUGGAUGAGCAGACAUUCGGCGUAGAUCUCGAAGCUAGAGCGCGCUCGGACCGGAAGCGUGUGCCGCUCAUUGUUUCUACCGUUUUGACUUUCCUUGAUCAUCAUUACCCGGACCUUGAAGGCGAUGAAGCUCGCCGCGGCAUUUGGCUGGUGGAUGUACCCCUAGCCGCCACUCACCAUCUACGAGCAGCCAUCAACACGGGCAAAUCCAUCCCGCACGAAGUCCUUGAGAAGUAUGAGAUACCCAUUGUAGCCAGCGUUCUGAAAUUGUACCUUCUGGAGCUUCCCGACUCCCUCGUAUCCUCCCACGUCUACGAAAUCGUAAAAACAAUCUACAGCACCACCGCAACCGACGUCUCCUCCGACGCGCGCAUCUCCGUGAUCCAAAACACACUCGGCCAGCUACGCCUCGCCAACAUCGCAACGCUCGACGCGCUCAUCACGCAUUUUGUGCGCCUGAUCGAGCUCACCAGCGCCGACGAAGCCUACAUCUCCGCCCUCGCCCAGGCCCUCGCGCCCUGCAUCCUGCGGCCCAAACAGGAGAGCUCCCUCACCAUGAACGAGCGCUACGCCUACCGCCUCGUGCGCGACCUGUUCGCGCACAAGGAGGCCAUCUUCGGGGAGCUGAAGCGCGCGUCGAGCCUUGCGCAUUCGGCGUCGAGUGCCUCUGCCGCGACUGCUGCGUCUGCGGCUAGCAAUAGCAGGGCCAGGGCGAUUAGUACAGAUGAGAGCAACCGGCGCGCGAACAUGGAGGAGAGGGCGCGCGCGAUCGCGAGUAGGAGCCGCGCGAGCAGUCCACAGCCCACCCAACGGGCGCAUAUGAGGGAGCGCUCGGCGGGAGGGGCGGAGACGAGGUUUCCGGUCAACACAAGCCCGACGGAACGCAGGAUUGCGCCCGUCACGAGACAUAGCCUUGAGGUGCCUGGCGCUGUGGUCGAGAGCGCGCCUGUUGGUGGCAGGGAUAUCAGCACGGCGCCACUGCCAUCUGCGUCACCAGCGCCGACGCCAGCGCCACUCACAACCUCUCCACUGCACACGGCAAACGGCACGCCCACCGCAGAAAUCGCGCAUGAAAGCCCCGUCCAGGCGUACGUCUCCUCGAUCGAGAAGAAGAACUCGCUUGGCAGGAGCGCGGCGACGACGGGAAGGUUUCCGAGGAAGCAUCAGGCUGGCGGGCUGGCGAGGCAGAGUCUGAUUAAUAAGAGGGACAGUCAGGGGAGUUUGAGGGAUGGGGAGGGCGUUGUGGAGGAACAUAGGCCUGUGGGCGUGCAGUUGGAGGAUAGGCCUAUGGACGAUUGA